AUGGCUACUGGCAUUGAUCUGCUUGUGGCUGCAGCGCUAUGCGUUGCCUGUCCACCCCUAAAUACAACCCUACCGCUGGGCCUAAUCGUGUUGGACGACGAGGGUAUGGAAGUUACGCCGACACCUAUCGAUACGGAUCCGUCUAAUUUGGGCUUGGAUGAGGAUACUCCGGCGGAAACGCUGGAGACUGUGAUCAGUAAGAAGGUAAAGCUGCGUGCCCUGCGUGAGUGGAUAAAUGGCCGCCACCUGCGCAUUGCCACGCUCGAGGACUAUCCGCUGAGCUAUACGGAGCUGCUGGAGAAUGGCACGCGCUUGGGCCGUGGCGUCUCUUUUGAACUCCUCGACUUUCUGCAGGAGAAAUUCAACUUCACCUACGAGGUGAUCGUGCCGCAAGAUAAUAUUAUAGGCUCUACCACUGAUUUCGAUCGCAGUCUGAUCGAGAUGGUAAACAAUAGCAAUGUCGAUUUGGCGGCGGCAUUUAUUCCUUCACUCACGGAGCAGCGCAGGUUUGUUUCUUACUCGACAACCACUCUGGAUGAGGGGGAAUGGAUUAUGGUCAUGCAGCGUCCGCGCGAGUCAGCUAGCGGUUCAGGACUGUUGGCUCCCUUUGAUUUUUGGGUUUGGAUAUUGAUUCUGGUCUCGCUUCUGGCAGUGGGUCCGAUCAUAUAUCUGCUGAUCAUAACGCGCAAUCGAUUGACCGGCGAUCGCGAGCAGCGUCCCUACUCUCUGGGGCAUUGUGCGUGGUUCGUGUACGGAGCCCUCAUGAAGCAGGGCAGCACUCUGUCGCCAAUUGCAGACUCGACCCGCCUGCUCUUUGCCACUUGGUGGAUAUUCAUCACCAUUCUCACAUCCUUCUACACGGCCAACCUCACCGCCUUUCUCACGCUCUCCAAGUUCACCCUGCCCUACAAUACGGUGAACGAUAUUCUGGUAAAGAACAAGCAUUUCGUGUCCAUUCGGGGCAGUGGUGUGGAAUACGCCAUUCGUACGACCAACGAGACGCUGUCCAUGCUUAAUCGCAUGAUUCAGCACAACUAUGCCGUAUUUUCGGAUGCCACCAACGACACUUACAACUUACAGAAUUACGUGGAGCGCAACGGUUACGUGUUUGUGCGCGACCGUCCGGCCAUUAGUCACAUGCUCUAUCAUGACUAUCUGUAUCGGAAAACUGUCAGCAAGUCAGAUGAGAAGGUGCAUUGUCCCUUUGCAAUGGCGAGGGAGCCAUUUCUUAAAAAGAAGCGAACUUUUGCCUAUCCCAUUGGUUCCAAUCUGAGCGAGCUAUUCGAUCCGGAACUACUCAACCUCGUCGAAUCGGGUAUUAUCAAGCACUUGUCGGCUAAGAACUUACCAAGUGCUGAGAUCUGUCCGCAAGAUUUGGGCGGCACCGAGCGUCAACUUCGCAAUGGAGAUCUCAUGAUGACUUACUACAUAAUGCUGGCGGGCUUUGCUACUUCUAUGGCCGUAUUUAGCACCGAGCUGAUGUUCCGCUACGUAAACAGCCGGAGGGAGAGCAAUCAGUGGGCACGUCAUGGAGUUGGCCGCACUCCUAAUGGCCAGUCAGUUCAACCGUCCCGCUGGUUACGUGGCCUGCGCCGUCUGAAUGGGGAGAAGCGGGUGCUGAACACAUCAACGCAUGAUGAGAACAUAACACCACCACCUCCCUAUCAGAGCAUAUUCAAUGGUAAUGGCGGUUCCGACUUACAUGGACUGCAUCGUUGGCGACGUCCCGGCCCCAAUUUGGGCAACGGAGUGCUCCUGGGAGGUGGCGAAGGCAACGAGCGCAGUGGCGUCCGCCGUCUUAUAAAUGGUCGGGACUAUAUGGUAUUUCGUAAUCCGAAUGGACAGAGUCAGCUGGUGCCGAUGCGAACGCCCUCGGCAGCCCUAUUUCAGUACACCUACACGGAAUAG